CGUGGGCACACAGGUAAAAAUGCAAAGCAAAAAGCUCCAAAGCAGCACCCAGAAAAAAUCUCGCUCACAAGACGCGACGUGUAGUGAUCGAGUCGCCGAAGCUUCUCCCACCAUUCGGGAGGCAGAGGCAGAGGCAGCAAGCAAAUCCAAUCAAGCAAAGCAGGGCAGCCAUGCCGGCGCUUCUCCUCAACGCCGCCGUCCCCCUCGUCAACCCGCGGCCGUCCUCCAGCUCCAGGCCCUCCCGCCACCGCCUCAGAUGCCAAGCCGCCUCCUCGUCGUCGUCGAGCUCUAGCGGCCGCGCGGGGGCGUCGUGGGCGACGGACUACGACCUGUACGAGCUGCUGGGGGUGGAGCCCACGUCGCCGCAGGCCGACAUCAAGGCCGCCUACCGGGCGCUGCAGAAGCGCUGCCACCCGGACGUCGCCGCCGGCAACGGCGACGCCUCGGCCGGGCCCUCAUCCCACGACAUGGCGGUGGUGCUCAACGAGGUGUACGCGCUGCUCUCCGACCCGGCGCAGCGCCGGGCCUACGACCGGGAGCACGCGCGCCGGUCCGAGUUCCAGGGAUACACGGGCCGCCCGCUCUACUCGUCGUGGCGCGGCGGGGACGCCGAGACGCGCGCCGUGUUCGUCGACGAGGUCGCCUGCGUCGGCUGCCUCAAGUGCGCGCUCCACGCCGGCCGCACCUUCGCCAUCGAGUCCGUCCACGGCCGCGCCCGCGUCGUCGCCCAGUGGGCCGACCCCGAGGACCGCAUCGCCGACGCCGUCCAGACCUGCCCCGUCGACUGCAUCUCCUACGUCGAGCGCUCGGACCUGGCGGCGCUCGAGUUCCUCAUGUCCAAGCUGCCGCGCCGCAGGGUCCGCGUCUCUGAGGCCAACGCCGCCGGCUCGCCCGACAUCUUCGCCGAGGUCGCCAAGUUCAAGGCCAGGUUCGAGAAGAUGGAGAACAAGUCCGCCACCAGGCAAUCCGAGGAGUCGGAGGCGACGUGGCAGUCGAGAAGCUCGGCGGUCCAGACAAUCAUGUCCAUGUCGAACUGGUGGUACUGGCGGCCAUUCAGAGCCCCGGCCGGCGCCGCCGCAGCCGCGGUCCCUGCCCCUCUCCGCCUGCUGCCACCGCCAUCGUCACCGCCGCCUUCUUCAGGCGCGGCCGACCCCGUGACGGAGAGGCUCAAGGAGGCAGCCGCGCGACGCAAGGAGGAGGGCGCAACGGCGUCGGCGGUGUACGCCCGCCAGCGCGACGAGUACUGGACGCCGCAGCGGAACCUGCCGUCCACGGCAGCGUUUCCUUCGCCGGACGCCCAGAGCGCCGCGCCGCCGCGGAGACGGGCGCGAAGAGCGUCAGGUGGCGAGAGAGCGCCGGCGAGGAGGGCGAGGAUCGACCUGACGGUGCCGCUGCUGAUGGCGAUCGUCGCGGCGGGGAUCGCCGGGUACAACAGGGAGGAGAUGGCCGGAGGCGUGAUCGAGGACCACAUCGGCGGUGCGGCCGCUCUGGGAGUCGUGAAUAGUUCCGAGCUCCAGGUCGUCUUGGCCGGCGUGACGUGGUUCAUCAUCGGAGCCGCUGUGGCCGGCAUUAUUCAGGUGGUGCUUGGAAGAAGAAAUGACGAGGAAUCCAGAGAAUGAACGUGCACGCGACGUGGCUAUUAGAGAUAGAACAAAGCUGUAAUUUUUAGUACGUAUUAAUCUGUCCAUACAAUAGGAUGAAUAGAAGUUUGUAGUAUAUAC